AUGGUUUUCAAGGACUACACCGUUUUCUCUCAUGUCUUUUUAGCAACAGCCGUCAUUCUCCUCGCUAGCCACGCUCAUGGUGCUAGCCUUUGCGACAGUGCUCAAAAUAAGCUCGUCUGUAAUGCAAUUGUCCAGAAUCGGACUGACCCUCGUAGUGCCUUGAUUGCAUCCAUUCACAAGUUGGUUUACGAGAGCAAAGUUGCAGAGGUGUUGGCUCAAAAGCAAACCAAGUCCACUGAAAUAGAUGACUGCAUAAGGAACUUUAACACUAUGUUUGGUUGGAGGGAUUAUAGGGAGGAUGGAAAAUAUCCUCCCGACCAUGACCUGGAUAGCCUGAAUUGCUACCUCUCGGCCGCCCAGACCAACUACCAUACAUGCGAUGAUGGGUUCUCGAAAUCUGGCGAGACCAAUCCCAUUGCCAAAACUCCCAAGCGCUUAGAGGAUAUGGUUGGCGUCAGUUUGUAUCUAUCAACUUUAAUUCCAUGA